UUGAUUAACUUGUAUGAAUCCGUAAUUGUAAAUUUGUAUCUAUUUUAGUUCCUGUUGUAAACGUGUCGCUGCAUUUGGUUGAACCAAGUUCUAGUUUCAUAAAAGAGCAUUCCCGACAAACAGUCAAGUGUAAGACAUCACCUGGUCGACCACAACCCAAUGCAAGCUGGUUUCUUUAUGAAGCUAACAAUAACGUUAAAUAUAAAAUUACUGUCAAUUCAUCAAUACAGAUUAUCUAUAGCGGAGCUGGACUUGUAUCUGUUGAAAGUACCUUACAAUUUUAUCCAAAUAGAUCAAUAAACGAAUGGAUGCUGAAUUGUGAAGCGUGGACAAACAACGAAACCCGCGCCCAUCAGAGCAAAAGAUUGACGUUAAAUAUUGCUUACCCUCCGGACAGGCCACCUGUUAUUUCCGGAUUCGAGAACGGCGGAAAGUAUCCACUGAUAGAAUCAGAAAUUGGCAAGUUGUCUUGUACUACACAUGGUGGGAAUCCACUUGCUACUUUGACAUGGAAGUGCUAUAACAAUAAACCGGAAUCGACAACCAUUGGAGACAAAACCGUUUCCAGCACUGUUACAUGGUCAGGUUUACGUGAUCAAUCAUCUUGUACUUGUAUUUCAAAUCAUUCUUGGUCUGGAACAACACGAACUACGACAAUACAGAUUGAUGUUCUUUACUCUCCAAACAAACCAACAUUAACAAUCAGCAAUACAGACGUUUCAAAUGUUAUUAACGUUAUACUGAACAACACCGUCCACGUUAAAUGCGAAAGUAAAAGCAAACCACACCCAACCUACUCAUGGACAGGUCCUGCCGACAUGCAAAGAACGAUACAAAUACUAAAUGUCACAAUUAAUGACACAAAAGACAGGAAGUAUAAAUGCAUUGCAACAAAUCGAAUGGUUAGACAAAAUGGUACAUACUUAGAUCGACGUAAUGAAUCUGGUGUUACAAUAAAGGUGUUAUAUCCACCUAGGGAGCCUUAUUUCAAAUAUGAGUUUUCAAAUGGAACAAAGGUCAGUACUCAAAACAUGAUAGACGUUAUAGCAGGAGACUCGAUUUCAAUACAUUGUCAUGCAACAGGAAAUCCACCACCUAGUUACAGGUGGGACAGUAAUGAAGGCUACGGUAUCUUAAAGAUAACUACAAUUACCUCCGACACAAACAAAACAUGCCAUGCAAUGAACAUAAUGAAGGAAACAGUCGGUGAACGUCGAACAGGAUCGACAUACGCCUCAUUUAUAAUCAGAGUUUUUCAUCCGCCACAUAUUCCUACUAUCACUAUUUCGGACGGAACGAGACAAAUAAAUGUCACAACAGCAACAAUACGAUUGAAAGAAAGAGACAACAUCAAUAUGACAUGUUUUUCUGAAGGAAAUCCUGUUCCAAAAUACACAUGGGAAAGUCCAAAUGAUAAACUACAAGGAAAUAUACGUCAAUUGACAAGUAUCAACCGAAAUUAUACCGGAAAUUACACGUGUCAUGUGAGUAACACGAUGAAACGCACUUUUGGUGACAGUGAAAAUUGGUUUAACAUCUCCAGUAUAUAUCUGGAAAUAUUGUAUCCGUCUUCUAUUUCUUCGUUAGAAGACGUAAGUAUUCCGGAAGGGUCAAACCUGAAUGUUACAUGCCAAGUUCAAAGGGGAAAUCCAAGUUACCAAAAUAUUUCGUGGACUAGGCCAAGUGAUUCCAAGAAUUGGAAAGAUAGCCGACUGACUAUAACUAAUGUUUCAAGAGCUGACGAUACAAAUUAUACAUGCACUUUACAGAAUAUAAUCAUUCCAACAAUUGGUGAUAAAACAAUGACUGUUACGAGCAGAACAAUCCGUCUCAAUGUUUUAUACAAAGCUAAUGUCCUAAACUAUUCAGUUUGGAACAGUAACACACAUGAUUCUGUGACGGUUACAGAAAAUGAAACAGUUGGUCUACAAUGUGAGAUAGAAGGAAAUCCUACACCCACAUGUGAAAUAUACAAUGAACAUAAUUCUGAUACGGAGCAUCAUAUAAAAUAUUCACCUAACUAUGCGACAUGUUCUAUCAAUUUCACAGCAAGUUGUCUUCAUUUUGGUGUUUAUAAAUGUAAAGGUGCCAAUCUAAUCAACAAUUCAGGUUAUACGGAGAAAACAAUCACCAUCUUUGUAGAAUGUUAG